AUGCGUCUCUCACAAAUCUUAUCGAACAGAGACUUUUGGCUGACCGAACCUAUUUCCGACAAGACCAUACCUCAAGAAGCCAUUCUUUCGCACACGUGGCGAGAUAAGACUCGAGAGCUUAACUUUGAAGAUAUGGAAGGCGGUUCACCUCGAGACAAAGGUGGAUACGAGAAGAUCGAGUUCUGCAGCAAACAAGCUACUAGAGAUGGCUUACAGUACCUCUGGCGCGCCAAGGUGUGCUACGCUGAUGUCUCGAUAAGCAAGAGGAAACGAGAUGGGACCUCGGUGGAAAACGUGGGAAGAAGUCUUUCCGAGCAGUAG